UUAUGGCAGAGAGAAGCGUUGUGCGAGGAGGGGCUCCUCUAUCAGCCCCGUGUCGAGGUGCCGUGGGCUCCGCCGAGGGUGUGUGAUCCUUCCGCCGGCUCAUUCUCGCGAGGUGAUCCCUCUGUUUUCCCUUUCUCUCCUUUUUUUGUAAGUGGGCUCCAGUCUUCCGCCCAGCUCCUGCUCCAUGCGCGACAUCUGCCGCUGUGCUCAUUGUAAGGUGCCCGGGAGUGAGGAGAGAUGCGCCGAGGCGUGUGCGGAGACCGCGUCCCAACAGUUCGCAGGGAAAGGAACAUGUAACGCAGCCUGAAAAUCCAGCACCAGUAUUUCUGCCCCGUUUUUGUCACCUUCCUACAUUUUAUGUAGUCCGGCUGUAUUUUUUGUUCUUUGGAUACCAUUAAUUUGGACAUAAUCUGCGGUACACAUUUGACAGAAUGAGCGAGGAGGCAUCCGAUAUUCCCAAAGACCUGCUUGAGAGCAUGAAGGAUGCUGUGGGCAGGAGGGUCAAACUGACUCUCAAGAAGAAAGUCAAGCUGGAGAUCAAGGGUGAUAAAGUUGAAAACCGUGUCCUGGCACUUUCGGCUCACCGGACCUACCUUCUAAGCGCCCGCAUCCCAGCCAAGGUGGAGCAGUCCUUCAAUUACCUGGAGAUACAAGGGAUCGCCUGCAACAAGCCGGCACAGCUAGCGCUGGAGCAUGACAGGGGCUCGAUGUCCAUGAAGCUGCCAUCCCCCGAGGAUGUGAACGACGUGGUGGCCCACAUCGGACACAGCCUACAGAGGAUAUGUCCCGGCCUGCCCCCUCUGAAGAUGAUGAAGAAGGUGUUGAUGGAGCCGCCAGAGCGGAUCUCCAACCUGCAGGCCCUUUGGGAGAAACAGACCGUGGUAGAUCCUGGACCUUGUGGCGGUUUCUCUCAGACGUACAAGUGCAUCUGUGACUUCCUGGGCCAGCCGUACCGCGAGGAGGUCCAGUGGGACGUGGACACAAUAUAUUUGACGCAGGAUACGAGGGAACUGAACCUGCAGGAUUUUAGCCAUCUGGAAAACAGGGAUUUGGUGGCUAUCAUUGCUGUUCUGGAGUAUAAUCAGUGGUUUAUAAAGCUCUCCACAAAGGAUUAUAAACUGCCAUCUGACGUGUGUGAUCAGAUCCUUCGAGUCGUUUCCCGGUCCAGUCGUCUGGAGGAGCUGGUCCUGGACAACGCGGGUCUCAAAACUGAUUUUGCACAGAAACUGGCCAGCGCCCUCAGUCAGAAUACCGCCUCAGCGCUGCACACCAUCAACCUUGCAAACAACCCUCUCGAAGACAGAGGUAUCGCCUCGCUGGGAGCCCAGUUUGCUAAACUCCGCAAGGGGCUGAAGCACUUGAAUUUUUCGAAGACCUCGUUAUCGCCCAAAGGGGUGAACUGCCUUGCCCAGUCACUGAGUGCCAACCAGUCUAUCCCCUGCAGCCUCACACAUCUUGACCUCUCAGGAAACAUUCUUCGAGGAGAUGACCUUGGGAACCUGUACACCUUCCUGGGUCAGCCGAAUAGCCUGAGCGUCCUGGACCUGUCCAACACAGACUGCGCCCUGGAUCUGGUCUGCCCCGCUCUGCUCCGUGGCUCAGCCCAACAUCUGUCUGUCCUGAACAUGUCAAAGAGCGUCUUCGCCCACAGGAAAGGCAAGGACAUCCCCCCCACCUUUAAGCAGUUCUUCAGCAGCGUCCUUUCCCUCAGUAGCAUCAGUGUCUCUGGAACCAAGCUGCCUCCCGACGCCCUCAAAGCCCUUUUGCUUGGACUUGCCAGCAAUCCCAGCCUCCGAGACGUCUCCUUGGACCUCAGCUGCUGUGAGCUGCGGUCAGCAGGCUCUCAGGUGCUGGAGGGCUGCAUCGCCGAGAUUCCCAACGUGUCCAGCCUGGACGUCUCUGAUAAUGGUCUGGACUCUGACCUCACAACCCUGUUGGUGUGGCUGUCCAAAAAUCGAUCCAUCCGACAUCUCUCACUGGGCAAGAACUUCAACAACAUCAAGUCAAAAAAUCUGGCUCCUAUCCUGGACACCCUGGUGCACAUGAUACAGGACGAGGAGUCUCCGCUGACGUCCCUCUCACUGGCGGACUCGAAGCUGAAGGGCGACCUGAGCAUCGUGCUGAACGCGCUGGGCAGCAACACCUCCCUCACCAAGGUGGACAUCAGCGGCAACGCGAUGGGGGACAUGGGGGCCAAGAUGCUGGCCAAAGCCCUGCAGAUCAACAGCAAACUCCGCACAGUCAUCUGGGACAAGAACAAUGUCAGUCCCCAGGGCCUCCAGGAUGUAGCGGCGGCUCUGGAGAAAAACUUCACCAUCCGAUUCAUGCCGAUCCCCAUCAUUGACGCCUCCCAGGCCCUCAAAGCCAGUCCCGAGAAGACCGAGGAUGCCCUGCUCAAGAUUGAGAGCUACCUCUUCCGGAACCACAAGACCCGCAAGUACCAGCAGGAGCAGGCCUACCGGCUCCAGCAGGGCAUCGUCACGACGACCACGCAGCAGAUGAUUGACAGAAUCUGCGUCAAAGUCCAAGACCACCUCAAUUCGCUGAGGUACACCGAGACGGACACCAUCCUGGAGGAUAUGAAAAUGGCCGAGAACUUAAUGAAGGACGCCAGGAAUUCCAAGACGCUCCUGCCAAACCUGUACCACUUGGGUGCUUCCUCGCGGAGUGAGAUCAGCGGCACCUCUGCCAACCCCAUCCAGGAGAAGCUGGAGUCAAUGGCUGGGGAGGUGGCCCAGGUGAUGGACGAGCAGCUGCAGAACCUUCUGGAGUCCAUGGUGGGCGCAGCCGAGGGUCUUUGCCCACAUGUGAUGAAGAGGCCAGACCUGCGGCAGGAGCUGAUCGUGGCCGGCGUGGGCAAGGCGGUCGUGCCCCGCAGUUUCGUCAGGGACACCCUCCUGGAAGAGUCCGGCGUCGACAUCAUCAAUAAGAUCAGUGAGGUGAAGCUUGGAUUGGCCUCCUUCCUCUCUGACCGAAUCGUGGACGAGAUCCUGGAAGCCCUCUCCAGCUCACAACGCUCUCUGGCAGACCACCUGGCCAGGAAGGGUCAACCCCUGGUGCACCAGGAGUCGCUGGAGCUGGAUGUCUCGGAAGAGCGGACCCCCAAGCGGGCCGCCUCGGGGCUGGCCGAAGUGGAGCGGCUGGAGGACCCGGAAGCCUGCAUGACUCUGUGCUGCUCGAGUAUGACCCCCAAGUCGAAGAGGAAGAGUAUUCAUAGUCGGAUGCUCCGCCCUGUGUCCAGAGCCUUCGAGAUGGAAUUUGACCUGGAUAAGGCGCUGGAGGAUGUUCCCAUUCAUGUUGAGGACCCGCCCCUUUCCACCAAAGCAGAAAAGAAGUCGUCUGUGGCGAUGGGGGAGCUGCCCUCGGAGGAGGGCAAAAAGCUGCAGCACUACACGAAACUUCGGCCCAAACGGAGCAAGAAAGUGCGGUCCAGUAAAGUGCCGAUCAGCACGGCCCAGCCGCAGGAAGGGGAGCAGAACGGCCUCAUGGGACGGGUGGAUGAGGGCGUCGAUGAAUUCUUCUCCAAGAAGGUCACAAAACUGGGGACUAAGAAGCCCCCCCUGAAGUCCUCCGAAUCUCAAGAUGGCGAGAAGAGGCGGGACUCGCGCAAGGGCGGCUUCCUCAACCUCAUCAAGUCCCGCUCCUCCAAGUCCGACAAAGGCCAGGCGGCUGCCGCCCCGACGACAGUCACCACGGCGACUACCACCCCGGCGACAGUCACCCCAGUAACGGUCACCCCAGCGAACUCCACCUCAGCCUCAGCAGGAGUGGAACAGCCCCCCUCCCCCAAGAGCAGCCAGCUCAGGAAUCCUGUACCGGAUCCGACCAAGAGCAAGGAGACCAGGGGCCCGGCGACGGACUACAGCAGCAGCUCGGAUGAGCUGAAAACCCCCGACUCGGUAGACGAGCCAUCGGAGGGUGACGGCAAAGGCAGCCCCCAAGGCAGCAGGCGCUAUGGGGUCCAGGUCAUGGGCAGCGGCCUGCUGGCCGAGAUGAAAGCCAAGCAGGAGAGGAGGGCAGCCGGUGCCCAGAAGGCCCCCGACGUCUCGUCUAGUCCAGACAGGCCUGAUGGCAGUGGGCCAGCAGCAGUGAGGGGAAACUCAUCCCGGGCAGAGAGCCGGACAGCUGGAGCGCUAAAGGGCGAGGGUGACGUCAACUCACCCGAGAAGAACCCAAGGAGCGAGGUCAAGCCAGAGGCAGCUCCCAAGCCCCGAGGCUCCGCCUCCAACCCACCCACGGCCAGCCCCAAGCCCCUGCCCCAGGGCCCCAAGCCCGCCGUUGCUGCCCGCCCUGCCAUACCCCAGAAACCACGCACUAGCAACAGUCGUGCCACAGAUGAAAGCUCCGAGUCGCCUGGCGGGAAUGCAUCCCCCAAGGGAAUUUUGAUCCCUCACCCUAUAAGGAAGUCCUCGGACAAGGAGAGGGAGGGCCAGGGAGGAGGCCCCCUAUCUGGGAACAAAGGGUCUGCUGAAGAAGUGGAUCACGCGGGAGAUGGUAGCGUGUUUGAUUUCUAUCAAGAGCCUGAUAAGCCUGUGGCUGCCGUGAGAGUCAGACCUGCCCACCAAUACAGUGCCAGCACUGCUGAGGAAGUGGGAGAGCAAGAGCACGGGAAGUCCCGCCCCGAACCUGCGAGGACAGCCUCUGCAACUGAUUCUUCACAGCACCAAAGUCUCAAUCGACAAGGGUGCGAGGACAGCGGCUACAAAGGCAAGGAGAAGCUGCCCAGCAAGGACCGGGGCCAGGCUGGGAAGUCACAGGAUGCCAGCGAGGACCCCGACAAAGACUUUAUUUUUAUAUGAGGGAACAUGAAGCUCUGAUUGAAUAUGGCAAAUAGGACUCACGUGUGUCCGUCACAGUUUCUAAUCAGGAAUCAGAAAUCAAAGUAUUCAGGACGGCGUACAUCUACAAUAAUAUUCAGGACCAAAUCGAAGGAGUAUGUUCAUGCGUUGUCAGUUGAACAGGUGGAGUAAUCUUAUCAAUUGUAAUCCAUAAAGAGGACUUGCAACACUCUUUUUGUCCCUGUAACUGCAAAGGGAGACAAGCCAUGGAUCGUGCUGCAUGUGGGACAGUGCCUGCGGUCACUGUAAUUUACCGUUUCUGCUGUCUUAAAACAGAAUUUCCGUUAGCGAUCCACUUAAUGGUUACCUUGGCCUGUAUGCUGCACUUUCACUGACCGCCGCACCCAGGAAAUGCAUGAGGCAGGGAACGCAGUGCUGCGCGUUACGUAGCCUAACGUGCAGCGGUGUUCAGAAACGCCGUUUGCCUAAACUCUCAAUCUACGGAAGAAAAACCUCAGCACUGUUGUCUUUAAAUCUGCCGAGCUUAGUUUCAUACCUUUGUCUCGAAAAUACUGCACUACUAACAUCCCCAAUGCCGUGCAACGUGUUCCAGCAGGGCACCCCUUGUACUCUGUGACUCUCAAGCCGUCUUAUUUUUGUUUCGUUUUCGCCAUAAAAAUAUUUGCAGUUACCUUAAAUAAUGAAAAAAAAUAGGUGAGGGGCUCUUGCCUGUUACAGAUUGAAUAACACAUUAGCUCCUUGAAUUCUGCCGGACAUGCAUGUGGAGUUUAUGUACAUACAUGAAACAUGUAUUUAUACAUGUAUGUGUGCAUAUAUACAUGUAAAUGUAUUUACACACACAUUGUGUACACAGAUCUUAUAUUGCUAUGGUACUGAACUAAGCACACCGCUAAAUGAAAUUUUUAUAUAUAUGUAAUUUAUUAAAAAAAUAAAGUGCUUAGUGAUUUUUUUAAUUCUAAACAAUGCUUUCUUUUUUAUUUAACAAAAAAAAAGUAUGUAUAUUGUGUUAAUAACACAAAACGACUUUUAGGUUUCUUAUUGCACAUUAAGCACAAUAAAUGUAAAUUUACACACAGAAAGGGAAAUGUAAUGUUACACUAAAUUUACAUCCAUCACUUCUAACAUACUGGAAACACUUUUAUUGGUAAAUUGUUUUUUUUGUUUGUUUUGCUUCUCAGAUGUUUAUUAUGCAACGCCAUCAUUUUUGGUCAUGUAAAUUGUUUCACUAAACUCUUAUAUAGGCUGUGGUUAUUUCUUUAUGUGCAUAUUUAUACCAAUUAAAACAUUUUUGCAGACUGAAAA